AUGCUGAAGCCCAUCGAUGCCCUCUACUGUACGACGAUCAAGGCUGCGGGCAAGAACUGGCAGCUGGCCCUUCUCCUGUUCCUGGAGGUGGGAGAGCGCCAGCUGCCGUACGAUGUGCUGUCCUUCGGGGCCGCCGUCAAGGUUUGCGCCUCUGCCGGGCGUUGGCAGCUGGCGCUGUGGCUUCUGACGCAGAUGACAGAAGAGCAGCUCCGAGGAAAUGCCAUCGUGUGCAGCGCAGCCAUCACAGCCUGCACUCGAGGCGAACACUGGCCGGAUGCUGUGGCUCUCUUCGAGGGGAUGAAGAGCCAGCAGGUACAGAGCGACAUCGUUGCUUGCAAUGCGGCCAUGGCGGCUUUCGGGGCUGGUGGCUGCUGGCUGCACUCCUUACAAAUGCUGUCUGGGGCGGCGAGCAGCCACAGCUUCGGGACCGCUAUCAGCGCCUGCCAAGGUGCCACGCAGUGGGAGGCUGCACUGCAUCUGCUCCCUUCGGCUGAGACGCGAAGUGAGCCGAAUGCCUUCAUGUACAGCGCGGCCAUCAGCUCCUGCGCGAAAGGCACGGCCUGGCAACUGGCGAUUUGGUUGCUGUCAGAGAUGCAGCUUUCGAGGCUGAAGAGCAGCCUCGUAGCGCACAAUGCGGCCCUUGCUGCAUGUGAGCAUGACGGCCAAUGGCAGCGUGCUCUGUUUUUCCUGGAUGCCAUCCAACAUGAGCAGCUGCGGAGCAACAUCAUUACCCAUUCCUCCGCCAUCAACGCGUGUGCCAAAUGUGGGCAGUGGCAAGAGGCCCUGCGCUUGUUUGCAGACCUGCCACGGCUCCGAAUUUCUUCGAACAUCGUGGCCUAUGGUGCGGUUGUGGCAGCCUGCUCCGAAGUCUCCGAGUGGAAGCAAGCACUGGCCAUGCUCGGGCAGCUGGAGACACAGGCCCUGCGGAUGAAUUCGGUCGUGUGCAACGCGGCUAUCAGUGCAUGUGAAAGAGCUGGGAGGUGGCAAGAGGCCAUCAGCCUGUUCGAGGCUAUGGAAGCAAGGCGUCUGGCGCCAGAUCGGUUUAGCGGCAGCAGCGUUGCAGCCGCCUUGGUGGCGUCGGGGAAAGGGCUGGAGACGCAUCACUUGCUUUCCCAGUUGGAGGAGCGCGCCGUGCAAAACGAGGUGAUCACCUACAGCGGGCUGGUCAACGCCUGCUCGAAACGACAGGAGUGGCAGUCGGCAUUGUCGUGGCUGCUUUUGGUGGGCAGCAAAGGCUUCUGCUUCAAUACCAUUGCAGUCAAUGCCGCCAUCUCCGCUUGUUGCAGCCUUCGCUGGGAGUGGGCGCUGCUACUCCUCACCGAGGCUGCUUGCACGAAGGCAGAGGGCUUGGCAUUAGGCCACGCCCUCGGCAGCCUGCGGGACGUCGGCCACUGGCAGCGAGGCUGCCAUUUGGUGCAGGAGCUGCAGUCCCAGCGCACCCUCCUGACUGCUGAGGAGCAGUCCACGGUCAUCUCCAUGUACGUGGCUUCGUGA